CACUUCUGCUCGUCCUGGGACGGCAACGGCGGCGGCGGCGCUGGCGGCGGCGGCGCGGGGCAUGGUCCCCGGGUCCGAGGGCCCGGCUCGGGCCGGGGGCCUCGUGGCCGAUGUGGUGUUUGUGAUCGAGGGCACAGCAAACCUGGGGCCGUACUUCGAGGGACUCCGCAAGCACUACCUGCUGCCCGCCAUCGAGUACUUCAACGGGGGACCGCCCGCAGAGACGGACUUCGGUGGAGACUAUGGUGGAACCCAGUACAGCCUUGUGGUGUUCAACACAGUGGACUGCGCUCCAGAGUCCUACGUACAAUGUCACGCUCCAACCAGCAGUGCCUAUGAGUUUGUCACCUGGCUGGAUGGCAUCAAGUUCAUGGGCGGCGGUGGUGAGAGCUGCAGCCUCAUUGCGGAAGGCCUGAGCACUGCCCUGCAGCUGUUCGAUGACUUCAAGAAGAUGCGGGAACAGAUUGGCCAGACGCACAGAGUCUGCCUCCUCAUCUGCAACUCGCCCCCAUACCUGCUGCCUGCCGUGGAGAGCACCACGUACUCUGGCUGUACAACCGAGAGCCUGGUGCAGAAGAUAGGGGAGCGUGGGAUCCACUUCUCCAUUGUUUCUCCAAGAAAGCUGCCCGCCCUUCGGCUUCUGUUUGAGAAGGCGGCUCCUCCGGCCCUGCUGGAGCCCUUGCAGCCUCCAGCAGAUGUGAGCCAGGACCCGCGGCACAUGGUGCUAGUGCGUGGGCUCGUACUGCCUGUUGGUGGCAGCUCAGCCCCAGGCCCUCUGCAGCCCAAGCAAACAGUCCCCCUGCCUCCAGCUCCAUCCUCUGCCAGCACACUCUCUGCAGCCCCCCAGCAGGCUCUGCCCCCUGUCCCACCACAGUACCAGGUCCCUGGGAACCUCAGCGCUGCUCAGGUGGCUGCACAGAAUGCUGUGGAGGCCGCCAAGAGCCAGAAGGCUGGGCUGGGCCCACGCUUCUCACCCAUCAACCCUCUCCAGCAAGCUGCUUCGGGAGUGGGGCCCCCCUUCAGCCAGGCCCCAGCACCCCCAUUGGCUCCUGGGCCUCCUGGAGCCCCCAAGCCACCUCCUGCUUCCCAGCCUAGCCUAGUCUCCACUGUGGCCCCUGGACCAGGUCUGGCACCCACUGCCCAGCCUGGAGCUCCAUCUAUGCAGGCAAGCACUGUAGCUCCAGGUGGGGUCAGUGGUCCUUCACCGGCCCAGCUUGGGGCUCCUGCACUUGGUGGACAACAGUCAGUGUCGAACAAGCUCCUGGCCUGGAGUGGGGUCCUCGAGUGGCAGGAGAAGCCAAAGCCUGCAUCCGUGGAUGCCAACACCAAGCUGACAAGGUCUCUACCUUGCCAGGUCUAUGUGAACCAUGGAGAAAACCUGAAGACUGAGCAGUGGCCCCAGAAACUGAUCAUGCAGCUCAUCCCUCAGCAGCUGCUGACCACUCUGGGGCCGCUGUUCCGGAACUCAAGAAUGGUUCAGUUCCACUUCACCAACAAGGACCUGGAAUCCCUCAAAGGCCUCUACCGCAUCAUGGGCAAUGGCUUUGCGGGCUGCGUGCACUUCCCACACACAGCCCCAUGCGAGGUGCGCGUGCUCAUGCUCCUGUACUCAUCCAAGAAGAAGAUCUUCAUGGGCCUCAUCCCCUACGACCAGAGUGGCUUUGUCAACGGCAUCCGCCAGGUCAUCACCAACCACAAGCAGGUCCAGCAGCAGAAGCUGGAGCAGCAGCGAGGGAUGGGGGCACAGCAGGCACCUCCAGGCCUGGGCCCCAUUCUGGAGGACCAAGCGAGGCCCCCGCAGAAUCUACUCCAGCUCCGGGCGCCACAGUCCCAGCCUCAAGGUGCUGUGGGGGCCUCUGUGGCUACAGGGCAGCCCCCGCCCCAAGGCACUACCCAGGCCCCCACAGGGGCUCCCCAGGGUCCUCCAGGAACAGCCCCUGGCCCACCUCCUUCUGGACCCAUCCUUCGUCCCCAGAACCCUGGAGCCAAUCCCCAGUUGCGGAGCCUGCUCCUUAACCCGGCACCGACUGGGGUACCCCCACCCCAGGCCUCCCUCCACCACCUGCAGCCUCCAGGGGCCCCUGCUCUGCUUCCACCACCACAUCAGAGCCUGGGGCAACCCCAGCUGGGGCCGCAACUCCUGCACCCUCCGCCUGCCCAGUCUUGGCCUGCACAGCUUCCCCAGCGGGCUCCACUGCCAGUGGCCAAACGAAAGAAAGAAGGAGAGGGCCGCGUGUUUCGAGAAAAGUGGGAGCGAGACUAUUUCUUUGUGGAAGUGAAGAGUAUGCCUACGUGCUUAAUAUGCAAAAAAAAUGUGUCAGUCCUGAAAGAGUACAACCUGAAGCGCCACUAUGAGUCCCAGCACAGUAAGAGCUACGACCAGUACACAGCGCAGAGCCGCGACAUGCUCCUGCAGGAGCUGAAGAGGGCCCUCCGAGCCAGCGAGGCUCUAGAGAGCCAGGAAUAGGAGCCAUGGAGUGACGUGGAAAGAACUCGCGUGUCCUGAACAGAACUGCAUCCUCAAGGUUGGCCUGUGGGUCUGACAAGCUUUCGCAGGAGUCGGAGGCCUUCUGGGGUCUAGCAGCCUGAUCCAUGGCUGUGCGGAAACUCUGACCACACAGUUAGCUUUAUUUAUUUGAGGUGGCGGUGAUCUCCAUACAGCUGAAGUCUGUGAGGCGGCCCCUCGCCAACCCCUUGCUUUGAAGUGACUUACUCUUGUGCAGGCAUACACAUCAGAAUUCAUAAGCACAACUACAGCCCCAUCACAGUGAUCGGGUCGUCCAUCAUGAGGGGCCAUCCCAUACCUCGAUCCCAAGUGACACUGUUUGUUGAGGACCUGGAUCAGGUCCUCGCCUCAAUCACCAGGAAUUCAGAUACACGACACCUUGACUCUGGCAUUCCUGUGCUUGAACUGAGCCAACCUUCUGAGACCAGGACAUACAGGAAAUCCAAACCGGCAUGCCUGGUUCAUUUCAAAGUGUGCAGAGCCAUGCUUGUUCCCUGGAGGUCAGAAACUUGUGUUGAACACUGAAUCUGUCUCAGCAGGGAUGUUCACAAACAGCUCCUGAAUGUAUGACAGCUGUGGUCCUGGCAGACAGAUGCCACUGCCGGGGAACAGUGGACUGCUCACCUCGCUGCAGCUGUGUGUGAAAUGAGAGGUGCCAGGACUAGCCCUUUACACUGUGAGACCCAAGACCAAGUCCCCCCAAGGGCCGUGCUCUACUUGAUCCUGAGCUAGCACUGGCUAGCUCGCUCUUAAUGGUUGUGUGAACGCAGACCCCAGUGCAAGUUGCAGUGCUCCAGGGUGCUUGCAAUUCUGCGGGAUGGCGAGGGUCCUCAGCCUCGCCCAGCAGUGUCCCAAAUGUCUGGCUGCACACACUUGUGACAGUCACUGUUUUCAUUACAGACCUAAAUCAAAAACUCCAUUUUAUGGAUCAAGGUUGAAUUCUCAUCUGCCUGUUUCUCUGCCCCAUGCAAGGCCCAGCACUGAUAUCUGGGUGUAGAAGGGCAGGUGUCAACCUUUUAGCCUCCUCUCAAAGGCACAAGAGAAUUACAAGAGAGAAAUUUUAAUAAUUAAAUAUUUCUAUUUUUCAAUUUGUAUUUUUUCAAUUUUGAAUUUAAAGUAUGGACUCUAGUAUCAUACAUGUUUGUGUUGUGUUCCAUGCGUUCACCGUAGAUCAGUAAAGAUCCAAUUUGAUUAUC